AUUAAUUAUGGAAGUUAAAAAUGUACUGUACUAACACAUACUUUUUAACAAGUAAAUACAAAAUCGAGUACUAACUUUUUAAUUCAAAAUUUACUUAAGAGAAAGCUAUCUAACAAGUCUACGAAAUUAUUACCCACAUAACUGAACUAUACAUAUAACGACCCGAUGCACAUGCGUACACUCCAAUCAGGUACCGGUUACUGAACAUUCAGAGUGUCCACGCGGGCUGCUUUCUCGAUGCAUCUCACUGCAUGUCAUUACACAUUAAAAUUUCACCUUCUAUUGUGGACGAGGUGAAACGGCGCGAGAUCAGAGGAAAGGUGUAUGUAGUCUCGACUCGGCGCUGGCGUAGAUCGCCUCGAACACUCGCCCGAACGGCUCUAUAUAAUAAACUGCGCGUUUUAAAAUUCAUAUUUAUUGAACAGUGGUAAUAGAGAUGUCAAUCAAAUUGACGCUUUCGCUUGUGCUCGCGGUGGUCGUGGCGGCACACGCCGGCAGUUAUUUAGAUAUAUUCGACCUACUAGACGGUAAGAAGCUGAUCGAAGUGCCUGACGCUCGCGAUGGCCAACCCAACCGGAACUGCAUGUGCAAAGGGCCGGCGUGCAUCUGCUGUGUCAACUUCAACAUGACCUUGAUCGAGCUCACUGGCCCAGGUUGCAUACACGUGAAAUACUCUUCGCCUGAAGAAGGUCUCAUCACAAAGGUUUCUUAUGGCAAGAAAAUAACACAAAGUACAAAAAUACAAGGCACGAGUCCAGCACCCUUAUGCAUAGAGUUAUUUGGUAAACUGGCCCAAGUAUGCUCAAAAAUCAAUGACCUAGCACCUACGGAAGACGGGCUGCGCGGCUGCGUCAAGCUGGAACCGAAAAUUUUCGGAGCAGAACAGGUUGAAUUCCCCAUCGGCUGUUUCAAAUCAACUAAUGGAGUUAUGGAAGUAGAGGAUCCUCCCGUUGUGGAAGAAACUGCUGAGGAAGAAGAAGAAGAUGACAGUGAAAGUGAAAGUGAAAUUCUGCACAAUAUAUAUCAGACGGCAGAAAAAGGAUUAGCCUUCUUUAAAAAUUUCUUCGAAUUGAACGACAGCAAUACUACUUCGGCGACUCCCACGCCAAAACCUCAAGAAACAUCCAGAAGAUUUGCAAAGAAUUUAAAACAUCCUAACCAAUUGUGAUAAUUAAAUUACAUAAAAUAAUUCGAGUACAAAAGGCAAUUCCUAGAAUAACUUGCCACCUUCUCAUUGUAAACAUUUUAAAUGAAAUCCUAUUUAUUGCUUUAAGAUCGUAUUAUUCAAGUAUAUUUAAGUUGUUUUUAUAAAUAAAAUCUCAACAAAU